AUGGAACACUAUGCCAAGAGGAAAGAGUGGCAGCUGAAGACGAUGAGCAACGAGCUGCUGAUGAUAAGCAAUCAAGCCAGAUUCUACGAGCUCGUCACCGAGGGCAAGUUGACAGUGAUCAACCAAAAGAAGGAAGCCUUGCUGGGCAAGCUGCGGGAGCUGAACUUCACUCCUCUCAAUUCGGGUGAGAGUGUCGGUGAAGAGCCCUCGUCUUCUACCGGGUUUGACUACCUCCUUCGCGCUCCGCUCUGGAACCUCACGCAGGAGCGCAUAGAGCAGAUGAAAGAGAAGCACAACAAAAAACGGGUGGAGGUGGAGAUCCUGCACCGGAGGCAGCCAACGGACAUCUGGCAGGAAGAACUGCGUGAGCUGGGCGACUACUUCCAUGACCUGGCCAAGAAGGACGCGCGUCGUCACUGA